GAGAUGCGAUACUUAGCAAGGAACUUCAACGCCUUCGCCUGCUGCUGUUCGCUACUUCUCCUGCCGCUAGGUGGGAUCGCAGAUGCAGACAUAAGUGGUGCUGAAACCCCGGCGAAGGCACCAAACCACCAGCAUCAGCACCAGCCACAAUCAGUAUACCAGCAAUCUUCGAACAACAAACUCCAUCAACCAACUGUUGCUGCGCCGCACCACCAUCAACCAGCCAGCCAGCAUCCCGAUGCACCACCGGUCCAUUACCAUCAGCAGGUGCCACCGCCGGCACCUCCAUCGCCACCACCAGUGCCGGACCGUGCCCUGUCCCGGCAGCCACCGUCGUCACUGGCGACGGCGCCCCAAUCCUCGUCCACGCAACAAUCUUCCCGGCCGCUCGAAACGCGCAAUUCCUACACCGUACUGAGCCAAGCAAUGUCCCAGGCAGUGCACCACGAAUUCGAUUUUUUAUUUCUCAUUUCAGGCACGUACGGAAGUGGUGCGAUGGUCGGUGGAGAUGUCUGUACCAUCGACGAUAUUGACUGUCUGGCGCAUCAUGAUCAGCUGGGCAUGGAAGCAAUACGAUCGCUACAUCGCCAGCUCGAUGACGAUGAUAACGGUGAUAUAGAUCUUUCGGAAUCUGACGACUUUUUACGAGAAGAACUUAAGUACGACUCGGGCUACGAGAAGCGACAUAAGGCAUUCCACUUCAACGACGACAUGCACAUCUCGGUGAAAGAGCUUUGGGAGGCCUGGUUACGCUCGGAAGUGCACAACUGGACGGUGGAUCAAACGACCGAAUGGCUGGCGCAAAGCGUGCAGCUGCCACAGUACGUGCAUCUGUUUCGUUUGCACAAAGUGACCGGAAAGGUGCUGCCCCGGCUGGCCGUCAACAAUAUGCACUACGUGAGCAAUGUGCUUGGCAUCAAGGAUCCAAUCCACAAGCAAAAGAUCGCCUUGAAAGCAAUGGAUGCCGUGCUGUUUGGGCCGCCACGUGAAACCGGCACUAGAUGGAAAGAUUUGUUGCUGGUAGCGCUUCUGCUAACGGCAAUCAUAGGCAGCUGGUAUGCCUAUCAUCAGAACAAGAGCGCCAAAAUACACAUUCGCCGCAUGGCGAAGGAUGUCGAGGGUCUGCUGAAGGCGGAAGUAGCACUGAAAGAGAUGCAGAAGGAAUUGGAACAGGCCCGAAUCGAGCAGGAAAACGUGGGCAAAGAAAAGAUGGACCUUGAAAGGCGGCUCCGGGAAGCGCCGACCCUUUCCUCGUCCAGCUCCGAAUUGGAGUUGCAACAGCUGAAGCAAGAGAUCGAGGUGCUGCGGUCGGAGCUGAAUCGAGCCGAGGUGGAAAUUCACGACCACUGUUGGACACCACCACAGGGACUCCAGAGCUGGCUGCAGUUGACGUACGAACUGGAAAACAAGCACCACAUCCGGAAGCGCAUUAUGGCCGAAAAGCAGCUCGAGCAGGCGCGCGAAGCUUGCGAAAAGUUGCGAAAGAAAAGGUCGAGCCUGGUCGGUGCAUUUGUGUCGACGCACGGCAAAAGCAUUGACGAUGUGGAUCGAAGUAUUGUGGAGGCGCGCAAUGCGCUUAACGAUGUGACGAACGACUUGCAGGAGCGAAUGCACCGAUGGAAGCAGAUCGAAACGAUGCUUGGUUUCGGUAUCGUCAACAACAGUGGCAUCGCACAUCUGGAAAAUUUGCUGUACAACCGUAACGGUGUCGCCGGUAAAACCUACCGAUCCCGAUUGUCGAGUAGUCAGGACGAUCUGGACGAUGAUUCCGUGCAAGGAUAUUUGGAGACCAAUUGCCGCGGUGGUCGGGACGAUUCGUCCGCCAGCGAUGAAGGUGACCGUGAACGCGACACGGUGACAUUCUUCCUUGGUGGUUGUCCGUCCACCUCCAACCUGCAGAUGAGCGCCCUCAACACCCUUAACACCGGCAUCAUCGCCCCGAGUACGGCCGCUUCGUACGCAUCAUCGGCGACCGGUAGCAUACCGACCGGUUACGGUCCAGCCAAUACCAACAGCAACAGCUUUACCAACACCACCACUAGUAGUAGUGGCAGCUAUCCGAGCCUUUCGAACUACUCCGUCCCAGGGCCACCGUCCAGCAUUCAUCCGACUUUGCCGUCCUCAUCUUCGCUGUAUGGGGCAUCAUCUACCGGUGUGGCCUUCCCAUCUAUCUCACGCGAGCACUCUGUCGGUGACAGUGCACAAAGUUUGCUCGGCGACGAAUGCCAGGUAUCGUCGUCAUCGCCGGCAACAAUUGACCGUAGUGUGUUACCGCGGGGGAAGAAGGCUCCAGCCAAACUGCCCCAGGUCGUACCGAGUGCGGUCGGUAAGGCACCGAUGCCUCCGCCCCGCAAGACAUUAUCCUCGCAGAGCCUCUUUCAAAUGGCCCGAGCUGACAGCACGGACCUGGUCACCCUGGAAUCCCCAACGGUACCUGUUCCACCGUCAGCUUCAACAGUCUCGACGCCAGCAUCGUUUGCCCCGGUCGGUGCCGCCACAGGGCUCGUUGGCUUCCACCAGCAGCAACUACCGCAGCAUCAGCAGUAUAUACAGCACCAGCAACAGCUCCAGCAGCGGUUCGUCGACGGUAAAGUUUCACAGCAGCCGCAACAGCAUCAACAGCACGGGAAGGAUGUACUCCAGCCUGCUCGGCGAAACGGAGGCGGCAGCCAAAAGUCUGCGACGAUGGCCUUCGGAGACGCAGUCGCUCCCGCUGCAGGCACAGCCCUGUACCAGCCCGACGAUGCCGGGUCGACGGAUUCGUCCAUCUUCGACGAGGACGUUAAGAAGCGCCCCCGGAAGCUGUUUUCUUUCGGGAAGCGCUUUGCAAAGUCGAAGAAACAGCAAUAACGUUAGUAG